AUGGCGGACGACGAUUCAAUCUGGGAGGAUGCACCAGAUUCUCCUUCAAAUACAUUAUCUUUCGAUAGGGCUCGGCACAUACACUUUUUGGAGAUGAUGUACCAACUGUUGCCAUCCCCAUAUCAAAGCCAAGAAAUCAACCGCCUCACUCUCGCAUACUUCGUCAUCACUGGCCUCGACAUCCUCGCCGCUCUUGAUUGCAUUGAAAAAGAAGCAGUAAUUCAUUGGGUUUUGUCAUUGCAAGCUCAUCCAAAGAAUGAGGUUGAAUUGAACAAUGGACAAUUUUAUGGUUUCCAUGGUUCUAGAAGCUCUCAAUAUCAUUUUACUGAUGAUGGGGUACAUGAACAGGUAGCAAUCCCCAAUGGAAGUCACCUGGCAAGCACUUACUGUGCCUUAGCCAUAUUAAAGACUGUUGGCCAUGAUUUAUCACUUGUUGACUCCAAAUCUUUAUUGGGAUCAAUGAGAAACCUUCAGCAGCCUGACGGGAGUUUUAUGCCCAUUCAUAUUGGGGCAGAGACGGAUCUCCGAUUUGUAUUUUGUGCAGCGGCAAUUUGUUCCAUGUUGAAGAACUGGAGUGGCAUGGACAGGGAGAAAGCUAAGAAUUACAUCACAAGUUGCCAGUCAUAUGAUGGUGGUUUUGGGUUGAUACCUGGUUCAGAAUCUCAUGGUGGUGCCACUUACUGUGCUGUUGCAGCUCUCCGACUGAUGGGAUUUAUUGAUAAAGAGAUACUGUCCAAAAAUGCAUCUUCUUGCACCAUAAAUGUGCCAUUGCUUAUUUAUUGGAGCUUGCAGAGGCAGGCACAAGAUGGGGGCUUUCAAGGUAGAACAAACAAGUCAGCUGAUACAUGUUAUGCCUUUUGGGUUGGAGGAGUUCUAAGGAUCUUGGGGGCAGAUAAAUUCAUUGAUGAGGGAGGUUUGCGUGAAUUUCUAUUAACAUGUCAAUCAGAGUAUGGUGGUUUCAGUAAAUUCCCGGGUUUGCUGCCAGAUCUUUACCAUUCUUAUUAUGGAUUUUGUGCAUUUAGUCUGUUGAAGGAACCUGAUGUCAAUGAUUUAUGUGUUGAACUGGGAAUAACAACUAUUGCGGCAAUUGGACUCUGA